CCCUCCCCAAGCGACCAGGCUGCAGGGACGCACCGACCGAGGCGGCGGUGGGAACGCUUUCCAGGCUCGCCUAGGUGUUCCGUGCCCCCCGUGCUGGCUGAGGAGGGGGCCUCCCGCCGCAAGGCCACCGGGCCCUGGGUUUAAAUGUAAUGCUGGAUUUUUAUAUCUCCUUUUAAGCUAUAUUAAUGCAGCAAGUUCUAAAGCCAUAAUGUGGCAUGCUCUCCUAUUUGAGAGGUGAAUAAUAUUGAAUAAAAAUGGCUGACAGAAGUGGGAAGAUGGUUCCAGGACAAGUGUAUAUUGAAGUGGAAUAUGACUAUGAAUAUGAAGCCAAGGACAGAAAGAUUGUGAUAAAACAAGGGGAGCGGUACAUCUUGGUGAAAAAGACCAAUGAUGACUGGUGGCAAGUUAAACCAGAUGAGAAUUCCAAAGCCUUUUAUGUGCCAGCCCAAUAUGUUAAGGAGGUCACCCGCAAAGCUCUAAUGCCACCUGUUAAGCAGGCAGUUGGACUGCCAAAUAAUUCUAUGAAAGUGAUGCAGAAUCUACACCUUCAGAGAUCGACAGAAAAUGUGAACAAAUUGCCUGAGCUUUCAAGUUUUGGAAAGCCAUCAUCGUCUGUUCAAGGAACAGGUCUUAUUCGUGAUGCCAAUCAGAAUUUUGGACCCAAUUUUAAUCCAGGUCAAACUCUCAAUCUAAGCCUGGACCUGACACAUAAUAAUGGAAAAUUUAACAAUGACUCACAUUCUCCUAAAGUUUGUAGCCAGAACAGGACACGCUUAUUUGGUCACUUUCCUGGUCCGGAGUUCUUGGACAUUGAGAAAACUAGCUUUUCCCAGGAACAGUCUUGUGAUUCAGCAGGAGAAGGCUCGGAAAGAAUCCAUCAAGAUUCUGAAUCUGGAGAUGAGCUUAGCAGCAGCUCCACUGAACAGAUAAGGGCAACUACACCUCCAAACCAAGGAAGGCCAGAUUCUCCUGUGUAUGCUAACCUACAAGAACUGAAAAUAUCCCAGUCUGCUGUCCCCCCACUUCCUGGGAGCCCAGCAAUUCAGAUUAAUGGAGAAUGGGAAACUCAUAAAGAUAGUUCAGGGCGUUGUUACUACUAUAACCGAGGAACACAAGAAAGAACUUGGAAGCCACCCCGCUGGACUAGGGAUACAAACAUAAGCAAAGAUUUCCAAAGUCCAGGAGAUCAAGAGCUUCUUUCAUCAGAAGAAAACUACCACAGCAUUUGUUACAGCCAGUCAGAUAGUCAGUGUGGUUCUCCUCCAAGGGGUUGGUCAGAAGAGUUGGAUGAACGUGGGCAUACCUUAUAUACCAGUGACUAUACUAAUGAAAAGUGGCUCAAGCAUGUUGACGAUCAAGGUAGACAAUACUACUACAGUGCGGAUGGAUCUCGGUCAGAAUGGGAAUUGCCAAAGUACAAUCCUUCAGCCCAGCAGCAAAGAGAAAUAAUUAAAAGUAGGAGCUUGGACAGGCGGCUGCAAGAACCAAUAGUAUUAACAAAGUGGAGACAUAGCACCAUUGUUUUGGACACCAAUGACAAGGAAUCUCCAACUGCCUCAAAACCCUGCUUUCCUGAAAAUGAAUCUUCUCCCUCUUCACCAAAGCACCAAGAUCCAGGUCAAGAGAAGUAUGGAUUGUUAAAUGUAACAAAAAUUACUGAACAUGGGAAAAAGGUUCGAAAGAACUGGUUGUCUUCUUGGGCAGUAUUGCAGGGUUCAUCUUUACUUUUUACCAAAACUCAAGGAAGUAGCACAAGUUGGUUUGGGAGUAACCAGUCCAAACCAGAGUUCACAGUGGAUCUCAGGGGAGCAACCAUUGAGAUGGCAUCGAAGGAUAAAUCCAGCAAAAAGAAUGUAUUUGAGCUGAAAACUCGUCAAGGAACAGAACUGCUAAUUCAGUCUGAUAAUGAUGCUGUUAUUAACGAUUGGUUUAAAGUUCUUAGUAGUACUAUCAGUAACCAGGCAGUAGAAACCGAUGAAGGAAUUGAAGAGGAGGUACCAGACUCACCAGGAAUAGAAAAGCAGGAUAAAGAAAAAGACCACAAGGAUCUUAAAAAACUUCGUUCCAUGAAAGUAUCUAGCAUAGAUUCUUCAGAACAGAAAAAAACCAAGAAAAACUUAAAGAAGUUUCUUACACGGCGCCCUACUUUGCAAGCUGUUCGUGAAAAAGGUUAUAUUAAAGACCAGGUGUUUGGAUCCAAUCUUGCUAAUCUGUGUCAGAGAGAGAAUGGCACAGUGCCAAAGUUUGUGAAGUUAUGCAUUGAACAUGUUGAAGAACACGGUUUGGAUGUUGACGGGAUCUACAGAGUGAGUGGCAACCUUGCAGUGGUCCAGAAGCUGAGAUUUGCAGUCAAUCAUGAUGAGAAAUUGGACUUGAAUGAUAGUAAAUGGGAGGACAUUCAUGUCAUCACUGGAGCACUCAAAAUGUUUUUUCGAGAAUUACCAGAACCUCUUUUUACAUUUAAUCAUUUUAAUGAUUUUGUUAAUGCAAUAAAACAAGAACCAAGACAGCAUGUUGCUGCUGUUAAGGAUCUGAUCAGACAGUUGCCAAAGCCAAAUCAAGAUACAAUGCAGAUUCUUUUUAGACACCUCAAAAGAGUUAUAGAAAAUGGAGAAAAAAACCGAAUGACCUAUCAGAGUAUAGCAAUUGUUUUUGGUCCCACGCUGUUAAAGCCAGAGAAAGAGACUGGUAAUAUAGCAGUUCAUACUGUGUACCAAAAUCAGAUUGUAGAAUUAAUUCUUCUAGAAUUAAAUUCCAUCUUUGGACGUUGAUUCUACAGAAGACAACCUGUGGAAUAGAAGCUGGAUUCCAUCAGAUUUCACAUCUUUAUACAUAAUGUAUUUUUGGACCAAGCAGUGACUUUGAUUUUGCACUUUUUUGAGGGAUCAGAAGGGAAGUGGCAGAGUGAAAUGCCUGUUAGACCCUCAUAUAUGCUGCUUUGUUGCAAGGUGAUAUAACUGUGUAAUUUUGGAUUCAUUUUAUCUUGAUUAUUUGCAUUUAAUACUCAGAAUUUUAGUAAAAAUCAAAACUUAGAGUUCUAACCAGUCACAUACACUGGAUAAUUUGGUAAGAAAAACUACAUUUUUUUCCCCUCAAACUAAUGUAGAAUUUCUUCUCAUGACCUAUACAUUCUUCACUUGAUAAAACAAUACUUACUAUGAGUUAUUUUAAAGACACUCUUGGGCAUUUAAAACAAAAUGAAGUAUAUCCAUUUUGAAACCUGUGUAUUUCUUUUUCAGGGUUUCUGCAUGCAGUGGCAGUCUAAAUACUAAAAUUCAUUAUAACCCAGAUGUAGUCCCUUGAUGAAAGGCUUGCUGUUUUUUACUGUGUUUCACAGCAUCCUUACUGGAUAUCUUAGUUGCUUGUUUGGGCAGCACACUAAUAUUACUGAAAACACUGUGAUAUACUGGAGUUUUAUUUAGCAUAAGUCAGUUCAGGGUAUUUGGGGCUGUCUCACAAUACUGAAUUGUGGCUAACAAUCCUAAUUAUAUCUAGUGCCAUAUUGAGUUCUUGGUAUAACCCUGUGGAAACAGACAAUAUUUUAUGUAAAUAUGGGCUAAAGAUAUAAUGUCCUUUAGCUUAUGUAUAUAAUUGUGUUGUAUAGUCUGGGAAUACAUGCUAACCCUACAUUUCUAAUCCUGAUAUAGGUAAUCUUUUCUGUGAAUAUUAGGUUUCCUCCAGAAGUAGACCAUUAUUUGGGAAAGUUAACUGUGUGCACUUUUAGAUUUUAAUUUCAUUUACAGGCAGAUCACUGUAAUACAAAUGGUACUGGAAACAUACUGAAUAGACUUGCUAAAUGGUAAAUGCACUACAAGAGGAACCUUUUAGAUUAUUUAAUAUGUACAGAAUACAUUAGAAAAAUUUAUUACACAAUUCUAACUCUCCAGUUUGAAUAGUGGAAACCCAUGUGUAGAUUAGAUGAAUCUUGGUUGGAAAAUAACAUUGCUAAAUUUGAGACUUUCUUUUUACAUUACUAAUGUAGAUUGAUUUGUAUAAUAAAACAGGGUUUGGAAGGUUUUGUUACAGGGAGCAUGGUCUGUUGAAAAUUUUUUUAAAUGUAUUUUUCUAGAUUAACUGCUGUAUAUGAAAGGUCUAAUCUAAUAAAGAAAACUAUAAGAGG